AGUGCGCGCAUCCCCUCAACAAUCCGUCCGAGCGGCGUCGCUGUCUCUUCAGCAGCGCUCGGCGACCGGUGCGCAGAGGCGAGGCGAGCGGAACCGACGUCUUGUGCAGGAUAUUGUGGAUAUCUCCUUACUCGCAUAGAGACCAAGACAACUUUUUUUUCCCCCCUCUCAGGAAAGGAGAGUUUAUAUAUAUAUAUACAUUUUUUUCUUUUCUUCCAACCACGUGGUGAAAGUAAGAAUUGACCUGUGUUUGUCUUUCCCACCCCGGGACAGGACUGUCCACGGGUUGAUUAGUUUUUCCUCCAUAAACUUAGUUCGAUUAUUAUUAUUUUUUUUUUUGAUCACACUUUGGAAUUCCAGAAAGACGUCUGCAAAGACUUGAACAAUUGAGCUGCUGUCGAAAGAAGUUCAUCAAACGUUAAGUUAUUUUUGGAGUCUUCUUUUAUUUUUAUUUUUUAAAUUGUUUUGCUGUAAUACGUGGGAUUUCUAUAUCUAGUCGGGAUGCUGACUUUAGUAGUUGCAAUGCUGCACCUGGUCAGUGGCCACACGGUGCGCACCCAGGACGCUACAGGUAGCCGCUUCGUCUGCAACGCCAUCCCCCCGGGCGCAGAGCCGGGCUGCGGUUACGUUUCCACGGGGAGCCGCGUCCAGAGCAGCAGCCCCGCGGAGGACGAGCUGCGGAUCACGAUCAUUCAGCUGCGGGAGACCAUCCUGCAGCAGAAGGAGACCAUCGUGAGCCAGCAGGGGACCAUCAAGGAGCUCAACUCCAAGCUGGCGCGCUGCGAGGCGGCGGCCGAGGUGACGCCGCAGGGCAAGUCGCGGGGUCAGGGCUCCAGACGGAAGGAGUACGGCAAGAACACCAUGGGGGACCUGCCCCGGGACCCCGGCGAGAGCAUAGACCAGCUGGGCAAGACCAUGCAGAGCCUCAAGGGUCGGCUGGAGAGCUUGGAGCAGCAGGGUUUGCGUCUCCCCAGCACAAAUGUGUCAGCUGGAGGUGUCUCUGCCCUGGCUCCCCUGCCACCCGAGCUGCGGGAGCUGCUGCGGCAGCGUCUGGGGGCGCUGGAGACGCAGCUCCUCCGGAAGGUGGCGGAGCUGGAGGAGGAGAAGAGCCAGCUCUACAAUGAAACAGCAGCCCACCGCCAACGCACCGAGAGCGCUCUCAAUUCCCUCCUGGAGAGGAUCACCGAGCUCGAGAACAGUAAUAAUGCCUUCAAGUCACCAGAGGACUUCAAGGUGUCCCUCCCUCUUCGUACUAACUACCUGUAUGGGCGCAUCAAGAAAAGCCUCCCGGAAAUGUACGCCUUCACUGUGUGCAUGUGGCUCAAGUCCAGCGCCAGUCCCGGCAUAGGAACCCCGUUCUCCUAUGGCGUGCCAGGGCAGGCCAACGAGAUAGUCCUCAUCGAGUGGGGCAAUAACCCCAUCGAGCUACUCGUCAAUGAUAAGGUGGCCCAGCUCCCGCUGUCGGUGAGUGAUGGGCGCUGGCAUCACAUCUGCAUCACCUGGACAACCAGAGACGGUUUCUGGGAGGCGUACCAGGACGGAGAGCGCCUGGGAACCGGUGACAACCUGGCCCCUUGGCACCCAAUUAAACCUGGGGGGGUGAUCAUCCUGGGCCAGGAGCAGGAUGUAGUCGGGGGCCGUUUUGAUGCCACACAGGCCUUCGUGGGCGAGCUGAGCCAGUUCAACAUGUGGGACCGAGUCCUGCGGCCUGUGGACAUCGUGGGUCUGGCCAACUGCUCGGCGUACAUGCCCGGCAACGUGGUUCCAUGGAUUGACGCUAACGUGGAAGUGUUUGGUGGUGCAAGUAAAACCGCUUUGGAGAUCUGUGAAGAUCGUGCUUUUGAUUCCUAAAGGAUCUCAAGUAUGGAAUCCAGUUUGGCCACUGGGAUUGAGAAAGCCAAGUAUUCCGCCUCCUCGCCUCCUCUGUCAAAUCCCAAAGGAAAGGGCAUCGGUGCAACAUUUUUACAUAUUUAUAUGGUCUGACUUUGUAGUUGAUUGGGCUCACAUGUUGGUGUGUCUUUCCAAACUGAAUCCUGAAGAUAUUACAGGAUUGUAACGACGUGACCCACUGUCAUUCUGUGUUCUCUCUUCAGUAGAUCAGCUUUCAUUUGACUCCUCUCCGAAAACAUCCCUUUUUGGUUGCAAUCCACACACUGACAAUGCUGCACCAUUUCCGUAAUGAUUGUGAACUCAAACAGGCUUUGAUGCGCUCUGGAACACAUCUCCUGAGUGUUACAGAGCACUACAUGCUGUGAGCUUCCUCGUUGUUUGAAGAGCAAUGAGGCGCCUGAAACCAGAAGCUGAGAGAAAAGAGGUGGAUGCUCGUGAGUUCAAAGUGGCCAAGAACAUCCCCUCGCUGUUGAUUAUUUUGAGGCGUCCCAACAUGGCAGACUGUCCAACUCUUAUGCACGGUGCCGAGCUGUGAACGGAGGUCCAGUUGAGAUAUGACAGUGCGUGCUUUCUGUCAGUAUCCAGAGUGUGUGUGGUGUGUUCAAACAAGCCAAUGCAGCGUGCUGACAGCAUAGAGAGAGAGAGAGGCUUGUCUUGCGUGUAAAAAGACCAGAGAUUAUGAGGGAGGGAGGGAGGACAUUUUCAUUCUUGUAAAUCUAUGCUUAAUACCUCUCUCCCCCUUGAGCAGAUGCCAUAUCCCAAACAGCUUUAUUGACGGGCCGGCUCUGCUCAGGUUGAUAGCAGCGUCGGACAGCUGCCCAGCACUGGCGCAUCGACAGAGCCGAGUGCCCAGUGAGGGCUUGACCUUCAAGGACAAUCCUUAAUUCCUCAUCUGGGUAGUAAUUAUCUGUUUAUGAAUGAUUUUGGCAGCGAGCGGCCCCUGGUCCACCGGCGUUUCUCUCGGCUACAGUGUCACAAUCACUGCGAUGUUAAGGUUUAGUGGGGGGAAGUCAAAUGAGAGCAGCACUCUAUGGACAUUAUGAAUGUCACCAUCAGAUGCACUUUGAUGUUUAUUGCCUCUCACUGAAGAAGAAAAAAAUUGAAUAGUUUUGAUCCACGGAUAUGAUAUAUUUUUUAAGGAUAUACGGAAUCAACUAAUUCAGCCACGGCUUAGUAAAUAGUAAAAAGCUAAAUCUGUCAGUCGUUACGUUAAUGCUGUGGUGGACGUUUGUUUCAACGCUGUUUGUUUUCAAUAAAAGGUGUCAAAUAUUGAACGCAAAGCCUGGUGCUGAAGCCCCAUAUCAAACAAAUAUAGAAGAGGCAACAAAGACAUUAACUUUGGUUUCACCUCCAGGGCUUCUUUACUCCUUGUGGACUUUCCUUUCUGAGUAGACAAUAGUAUGAAAGCCAAUAAAAAGCCUACUUCUACAUUUGAAAAAAAAAAAUAAAAAAAAAUGAUGCAGUAGGUUACUGGACGGCACCGAAUGUUAUAAAAGAGUGUGCACACUUCAAAAUUAGGAUUUGAAUAGGUCACCGACACGUUGUGGUUGUGCUCUUUUGAGUGUCUUUGUUAACGAUGUUAUAAUGUAAAAUCAAGAGGGUUUGUUUUAUUCCUGUAGCAAGUUUCUUGUUUUCUCUGCUCAUGAUUUUUGUCCAUUAGCAGCUCAUUAUGUAAGAAAAAAAGCAGAAGUACAAAAAACAAAAAGAACGCUGUUGUUUAAAUGGUGAAUGGCCUUUUGUGAGAACCAUAUGUGCUUUUGCUUGUGCCCAAUUUGAAGGUCAUGUCAGCUUUCACAGAACUUACAGCUCACCAGCAGCAAAGACAAUUAGGGACACGGGAAAAUAGAAAAACGUUUCAAAGUCCCCUUUGUGAAUGUCGUCUCUGCACCCAGAAGUAGAGUGAACAAGUUUCAGAGGUGAGACAAUUAAAGCAGCUACUCGGUGUUUGAAUGUAAAGUAAUUGAACAAGAUUGCACAGCUUUAAUGGUGUAGUCAGGGUGGAGUGUAACGCAGCCAAGGUCUUGCCCCAUUCUUCACCGAAACAGUUUCUUAAUAAGGAAACAACACGUUAACCUAUUUCACUAUUUCACUUCGUCACAUUAAGUCCAAUGAUGUACGUCCAGUUGGUUGCCAUAUCAUUUGUGGGAGUAGCCAUAAUAAACAUGGAAGGAUGUGUCCUCUCAUCUGCAGUGCAGAAAUCCUCUGGACUGGCACACGUCCAGGUGGAAACGAAAAAAUCUGCCCAUGCGGAUUAUGGGAGCUGCUACAAUGUAGGACACUGAGCCUUCUUCCUUCUCCUCCACGCUGUGUGUUGCUGGUAUCGCCAGUGUGUUGGUGGUGACGUACCAGUGGGGGGGGGGGUUCAUAAUAGAACAACAGUCUGAGGCCUGGGGUGGGAAAUAAUGUGAAAAUGUUUAAAUGUGAUGUUAUAUUUUUUUUAGUUUUUGCAUAUUCCUCAUCUCAAAUUGUCAUUGCAUUGCUCUCAUGACACGUCACAUCUGAUGAUUUUCAAGUGAAUAUUAAUUAUUAAAGGGGGGAAAAAAAUCCAACUUGAAUUUAAAUAAAUGAUUAAUACAUUUGUUUGUGUAAAACACACAAAGGUGAAUCUUUUCCGAAGUUUUGAAGAAAACUGACUGUACCGCAGAUAUGAUGUCAGUAAGUAAUGUGUGAUGCCCUCGUCAGAUCUUUCUGCGCUCUGAUGUAAGAGAGAACGGGCAGUGACGGAGCCCAACCAAAGAUGUUUGUACUUGCUUAUGAUAGACUGAUCGCCGCUGUCACGCCACACCACCUGCUUCGAGUGUAGCCGUUCUCCCUUUGGUUUGUGGAAUGUGUGUGCAAGACAAAUGAUCUUUCGGAGGAUGCCGCGUGGCAGUCAUGAAAUCUAACGGAGGGGGGAAUUGAAGUGAAAAACAUGUUUGAAUAUCACCGAUAUCAUCCGUCUCUCUGGCAGGGCAGCGAUGCGACAGGAGAAACAAUGUGUGUGUCGGUGUGUCUGUGCAAGUGGGUAUGUGACAGGAAGCAACACGUUGCUGGUGUGUUGGCUCUGAAGAGAUUUGUUCCAGUUAUUGAGUUUUCCUCCCACUGUGGGGGAAGUUUGAAAGGGGAGAGUUUCCAACCAGAGGGUUUUUGAGGAAAUUAUCUCGGCAGCGGCUGCACCCAACGUAAUGAUUCACUGAACCACAAAAACAAAGUCACCUGUUCAGCGGUGUUUCCAGCUUGUCCGUAUAUCCAUUACACUUGACUGGAUAGAGUGACAGUGAAGAAUCAUUUGGCCCAUUUUUUUUUUAUCAAAGCUUUCUUUCACAUCCAUAUGCUCUCCUCUCGCUGCCGUGGAUCAUCUGUGCUUUCCCAAAACCCCCAACGUUGAAAUGGUGUGAAAAGGCCCAUAAUUAAAAUCAAAUCACAGAGAGCAUUUGAUUAUGAGUGGAUACGGAUCUGCAGGGGGUUGUUGGAUAUCGGUGCGGGGAGGGGGGUGGAAUUAAAGUGCCAUUCUGCUCCUAGCACCCGCUCACUCGCACACCAUGGCGUCCCCAUGGAGCCCCAAAGAAGGAGCGCUGUAAAGGCAGGGAGAAAAACAAGUCUCAGAAUUGAGACUAGAGAGGUCCUUUGGCUUAGUGAUUAAAGCCUGAUGGAAGACAAGCCUGUGCAGAAGGCGCGGCUCUCUGAGGCAUUUCAAAACGGCUGUUUUCUUGGAUGUCACAGACUAUUAGUGAGACCCACAAAACCCCCUUCAGCCCGCAUCACUGCCUUCAUGAAAAUAUGCAUCAAAAAAAUGUUAUAUUCUGUUCCCAUCUUUGGUUCUGUCUGGCAGCCAUUUUUGAAUUACUCACAGAAGCACUCUCCCUUUUCAGCAUCAUUUUGUGCAAGACAAUGUGUGGGCCUUCACCAAUUCAAUUAGAAGCAGAUUAGACCAUUAUCUAGGACGGCAAACUUUAGGGGAAGGGGUUUUACUUAUGUUCAGAAGGCUGAGGAGAGCAAAUGAAAAUGUUGUUUUGCGCAAAUGAGAAUAAAAAGAGUGACGACAGGGAUGGUGCGAGGGGAGGGAAGAAACAAAUGAAUCAUCUCAGGAGAGGAAACAGCUGCUUUAUGACAGUUUGCGAUGCCGCAGCUCUGGAGAUCAAAGAGCCCGCGGAUGCUAAAUGAAGAUAUUCAUUCACCUUUAUUCUGUUCAGCAUUGCACGGUGUUUUCCAAGAAGAGGAGAAAAUCAUAAACCUGACACUUCUUCAUGCUCAGAUUACAAAUCUCCCCACCGAGUCCCCACCAGAAUGUAAAGUGUUGCACCGGAGCACCGUCUACUCUAAAUGGCUCGUCUGAUCUCACACUUUGUUGUCUGUCUCCGAGAAUGAUAUAAUGUGUUCCUACAGAGACCAUUUACAUUUACCCGGGAUAUCUGCGGAAGAAACUUUAAUAAUAAAUCCGAGCGACAGGCUGAGAUGGAUCAUUUUCUGCCUGCAAAGACGAGAGUCUAAAUCUCUCACACAACCUCUUUAAAUCAUGCACCUGUGUGGACUGCAAAUUCAAGCCCUCGACUGUCUGUCUUGCAACAAGCGGCGAAGAAGCUCUGCGGCUGCAAGUCUCUCAUUGUGCUUCACUGAAGGUGCUCCAUUAUUUUUCUCCAAACCAUCUGUGUUCCCUCGCAACAAAUAAACAGGGUGACUGUAAAAUGGC